AUGUCUAAUAAGCUGCAGUGUGAAUAUAUGAUAUUGAUUAUUUUCAAGUAUCCAAGUAGCGAAAAAAAAAAAAAAGAAUUAGAAGCUAUACGUUCAAAUAGAAGUGUUAGUUCUGAAAGAAAAGCUGCGUAUCCUCUUGCAGAAGAAGCGUUAAAUCAGUGGGUUGUUCGUUUACGUCAAGAUAGCUUUAUAGUAUUAUUGUCUACAAUAAAAUGUAAAAUGAAAGAGCUUCUUAAAACUAGUUUUCAACAAGUAUAUUCUAAUGUUUUAGAAACUUUUGAAGCUUCAAAUAGUUGGUGUCAGAGAUUUAUAAGCAGAUAUAAUCUUGUAUUUUGGCACUAUACAAAACUUGAGCAAAAACUUCUUCGUGACUUAGCUAAACAAUUAGAACAUUUUUAUGAAUUUAUUAAAAAGUCAUAG